CUUUUUUAGCGCCAUCUGCUCGCGGCGCCGCCUCCUGCUCCUCCCGCCGCCGCUGCCGCCCUGAGUCACUGCCUGCGCAGCUCCGGCCGCCUGGCUCCCCAUACUAGCCGCCGAUAUUUGGAGUUCUUACAACAUGGCAGACAUUGACAACAAAGAACAGUCUGAACUUGAUCAAGAUUUGGAUGAUGUUGAAGAAGUAGAAGAAGAGGAAACUGGUGAAGAAACAAAAAUCAAAGCACGUCAGCUAACUGUUCAGAUGAUGCAAAAUCCUCAGAUUCUUGCAGCCCUUCAAGAAAGACUUGAUGGUCUGGUAGAAACACCAACAGGAUACAUUGAAAGCCUGCCUAGGGUAGUUAAAAGACGAGUGAAUGCUCUCAAAAACCUGCAAGUUAAAUGUGCACAGAUAGAAGCCAAAUUCUAUGAGGAAGUUCACGAUCUUGAAAGGAAGUAUGCUGUUCUCUAUCAGCCUCUGUUUGAUAAGCGAUUUGAGAUUAUUAAUGCAAUUUAUGAACCUACGGAGGAAGAAUGUGAAUGGAAACCAGAUGAAGAAGAUGAGAUUUCGGAGGAGUUGAAAGAAAAGGCCAAGAUCGAAGAUGAGAAAAAGGAUGAAGAAAAAGAAGACCCCAAAGGAAUUCCUGAAUUUUGGUUAACUGUUUUUAAGAAUGUUGACUUGCUCAGUGAUAUGGUUCAGGAACAUGAUGAACCUAUUCUGAAACACUUGAAAGAUAUUAAAGUGAAAUUCUCAGAUGCUGGCCAGCCUAUGAGUUUUGUCUUAGAAUUUCACUUUGAACCCAAUGAAUAUUUUACAAAUGAAGUGCUGACAAAGACAUAUAGGAUGAGGUCAGAACCAGAUGAUUCUGAUCCCUUUUCUUUUGAUGGACCAGAAAUUAUGGGUUGUACAGGGUGCCAGAUAGAUUGGAAAAAAGGAAAGAAUGUCACUUUGAAAACCAUUAAGAAGAAGCAGAAACACAAGGGACGUGGGACAGUUCGUACUGUGACUAAAACAGUUUCCAAUGACUCUUUCUUUAAUUUUUUUGCCCCUCCUGAAGUUCCUGAGAGUGGAGAUCUGGAUGAUGAUGCUGAAGCUAUCCUUGCUGCAGACUUCGAAAUUGGUCACUUUUUACGUGAGCGUAUAAUCCCGAGAUCAGUGUUAUAUUUUACUGGAGAAGCUAUUGAAGAUGAUGAUGAUGAUUAUGAUGAAGAAGGUGAAGAAGCGGAUGAGGAAGGGGAAGAAGAAGGAGAUGAGGAAAAUGAUCCAGACUAUGACCCAAAGAAGGAUCAAAACCCAGCAGAGUGCAAGCAGCAGUGAAGCAGGAUGUAUGUGGCCUUGAGGAUAACCUGCACUGGUCUACCUUCUGCUUCCCUGGAAAGGAUGAAUUUACAUCAUUUGACAAGCCUAUUUUCAAGUUAUUUGUUGUUUGUUUGCUUGUUUCUGUUUUUGCAGCCUAAAAUAAAAAUUUCAAAUACAAAAAAA